AUGAAGGAGCACCGAGAAGUCCGUGGAGAGCGGGCUGAACGGGCGCCGGUGCCUCCUCCAGGUGGACACACGCGCUCUCCUGCGGAUGGCACGCUCUGGAUGGUCGGGGAUGGAGUCCAGCCGGAGCCCCUGAACAGGCAGCUGCAGGAGGCGGCGAUGGGACGCCGGUCGGCGGCGACGGGGCUGUUCCUGCUGCUGGCGCUGGGGUACCUGCUCAAAUCCCUGACUGCAGAAGCUCAGUGUGAAAACAUUUACCAAGAUUUCUCUGACUGCAUCCUAAAGCUAGGAGAAAACAUGGCCAGCUAUGAACAGGAAGAGGAGCCUGAAGAGGGAAAGAGACCAGUGCAAGGACUGCAUGCUGUCUGCGGAUACUGGGAUGAAUUUCACACUUGUGCCAUGACUGCCCUCUGGGAGUGCCACAGGGAGGCAGUGACAAUCUGGGAGACGUUGAGAAAAGAAUCUAGGAAAAUCACAUUUCAAGGCAGCCUUUUUGACCUCUGCGCCUCCAGCAACUCCCGGAAUUUCAGCUCAGCACAGAUCCCUACAAUUUCACUAUUAAGCAUUACUCUGAUGGUCACUUGGCUUAAUUUAUAA